AUGCCAACAAAAGAAUCAAAGCCAAAUCUCAGCCAUUCCCAGGUUACUGAGAUUAUCAAACGAGUCUAUGGCUUGACCAUGUCCAUCAUUCGACCAUUGCCCAGUUUUGAUGAUCAGAACUUUUACGUGGCCCCCAGUGAUGGUGGAGAAUAUGUUGUAAAGAUUAUGAACUCUGCAGACAGUCACAACAUCACUGUUAUUGAGGUGCAGAAUCAUGCCAUGACCUUCUUACACCAGAGAGGCUUUCCUGUCCAGACUGCUUUGCCCACUCUGACUGGCCAACUCAUGAGCUUAGAGGAAUUUGAUUGUGGUUUUGGCACACAGAAAUAUUUAGUGCGCUUACUUACCUACCUGCCUGGCACUACCAUAGCCAAAAUUACCUGCAGCCCUCAGAUCUUGUACGAUGUUGGGAAAAUGGCUGCCAGAUUGGAUACAGUUUUAUUGCAAAUGGAGCAUCCAAACAUCACUGCCCUUCAGAGAGAAAAUUUUAUAUGGAAUCUCACCAGCAUUCCACUCUUAAAUCAGUAUAUUCAUGUGAUGGACGGGGAUCCUGUACAAAAGGUUGUUAAAGCCAUUAUUGAGCAGUACCAGAUCCAAAUCAUGCCAAAGCUACCAUUGUUUCGCAAAUGCAUUAACCAUGGAGACUUCAAUGACCACAAUCUCUUGGUGAAACCUUAUGGACCCUCAAAGUACAAGAUCACUGGGAUUCUUGAUUUUGCAGACAUGAGCUAUGGUUAUUUUAUAUUUGAGCUAGCCAUAACUAUCAGGUACAUGAUGAUUGAGAAUCCCAAUCCAGUCGAUGUCGGAGGGCCAGUGGUGGCGGGAUGGGAAAGUGUUUUUCCUCUCAAUGAGGUAGAAAGAGACUCAUUGUAUUUGCUGGUUCUGUGUCGGUUCUGCCAGUCCCUGGUUCUGGCUUGGCACGCUGUGAUCCAGCAACCAGAGAAUGAGGAGUACUUGAUGAGCACUACCAGGAGAGGUGUACACCACAUCUGCCGUCUUUGGGAGCUGGGUAAAGAGGAAGUGGAAAGAAUAUGGUUCCAGAGUGCUGCACAGAUCAGCCCACCUUGACUGAGCAUUGAAGCACAACAGCUUGCUAUAAAAUAUUUGCAGUAAUCUGGAAUGUCUAGCAUUAAAGAAAUUUUUCACUUUGUUAUGAAGUCAAAUGAUGUCACCACCACCAUGAAAGUUAAUGUGUUGUUUUGGACCUCACAGACUUUCAUUGUAUGAGCAAAAACAUUCUUUACUCCGUGGAACAUAAAGAAGAUGCUGUUUUGAAGAAAGACAUGCACUUGAUCUUAGAUUUUAUCAUCUAAAACCAUUGAUGCUUACAAUAUGAAUGAGCAUUGUAAAAUUAAAUCUGACAUUAUCAGUGAAACUGUCUACACUGGGUGUGGUGCUAUGUGACACGUCACGACAAAUUAAUGACAGUAAACUGAUGACUUCUAUUUCUGAUGAACAACAAGCGUCUGCACUACUUCUGACACAAAGGACAAAUGGAUAUGCAAUGGUCAUUUUAGCCUCUCACCCUUUACCAACAAAUGAUCGAUAGAUAAACACAUCACUAGAGAUUGGCUUUCUGCAGAAAAAGCAGCCAAUUACAAUUCCUUUGUUGCACAGCCUACCAAAGUUAAUGAAAAGUUAAGAAUAAUAAUAUGUUUCAAGUUAUACCGGGGAAAGUACGUGUUCAGUGCCGUUCGCAAGUGUCAAUCAAUGGCAAACCACUUACAUUUCUAUGGUAACCACUCAGAUUCAAACAACUUCAUAACUUGUUUGUGGUAAUGGCAAAAAGAAAGACACACACUCACACAGACACUCUCUUUCACAAACUCACUCUGACAUUUACUAGGAAACACACUCAAACACUCACUCACACACUCAGACACUCACUCACACUGUCACACACUCACUCACACACACACUCACUCACUUACACACACCCUCACUUUAACAUUCACUCACACACACACACUCGCACACACACAUGCUCUCUCUCGCACACACACACACACACACACACACACACACUCACUCACUCACUCACUUACACACACCCUCACUUUAACACUCACUCACACACACAUACACACACAGGUUUGUUAAAAAGUCAUAACUGAAGCUGUUUUCAUAGUAUUUUCUCCAUAGGGAAUUUAUUUUUUUUAUGAAAACUUACAGGCUAAAAUGUUAAAGACAGAUUGUAAGCAGGCCUACUGUAACUAUCCGAGUUUUUAAUCAAUGGUUUUCAUUUUUUAAAAGAAUGCUUAUUUUUUUUUAUUUAAUUUUUAUUGGGUUUAAUUAAUUAUUAUUUAUAAUAGGCUACUAAUUUGCCUAUUUAUUAUGUUAUACUUAUUUUUAAAUCUUAAUUAAAAAAAUAUACUUCUGGCAUACAUUUAAA